UUCGGUAGUACACAUCAGCUAAAGCAGCGAUGAGGGAGGUGUGGAGUUUGUACCGUUUUAUAACGUCUCUACCGUUAUUCUACUUCGCUUUAGACUUUCAAAUAGAUGGAAGUGACGCAAGCGCUCAAGAUGUUGAACAGCAUCUUGAGAUGGGGAAGAAAAUGUUGGCUCAAGGUGCCCUUGCUGAUGCCCUGUCACACUUUCAUGCUGCUGUAGAUGGCGAUCCGUCCAAUUACAUGACAUAUUUCCGAAGAGCAACAGUUUAUCUGGCCAUGGGCAAAUCUAAAUCGGCACUUCCUGACCUUAAGAAGGUUAUUGAAUUGCGGCCAGACUUCCAUGCAGCCAAGCUACAGAGAGGAGGUGUUCUUUUAAAGCAGGGCAAACUAGAUGAGGCAAAGAAAGACUUUGAUGAUGUUUUGCUAGCAGACCCAGGAAACGCAGGAGCAAAGAAUAACCUUGACAACAUUGAGGCAGUGAAACUGAUGAUAAAAGAAGGAAAAGAGGCUUAUGAAAACAAUGACUUCCAACAUGCAAUAGAUACACUACAUACUCCAAUUGAUCUUUGCCCAUGGUACGCUGAGUUGCGUGAGAUCCGUGCGGAAUGCUACAUCGCCCAGGGUGACCUCUUCAAAGCUACGUCAGACAUCAGAACAACAACCAAACUUAUUAAUGACAAUACUGAUGGCUAUUAUAAGCUUAGUAAACUCCAUUAUGACAUGGGCGAGGCUGAUGAAUCUCUUAUACAAAUCCGGGAAUGUCUUAAGCUAGAUCCAGACCACAAAGCUUGUUUCCCAUUUUACAAAAAAGUGAAAAAACUUGUAAAACAAAUGGACAGUAUCCAGAAUUUUAAAAAUGAGCAGAGAUGGGAUGAUUGCACUAGUAAAGCCAAGUCUAUGUUACAAACAGAACCUGACGCCUUCCAUUAUGUUAUGAGGGCUAAAUCACAUAUGUGCCAUUGUGAGUCUAAGGCUGAACAUAUUAAAGAAGCUUUCGAGCAUUGCAAUGAAGUCCUAGGAAUGGAUGAAAACAACAUAGAAACAUUGUGUGAUAGAGCUGAAGUUUAUCUAGUUAAUGAACAAUACGAUGAAGCUAUAAAUGAUUAUGAAAAAGCCAUAGAUGUAGAUAACAACAAUAACAGAGCGAAAGAAGGGUUAGAAAGAGCCAAAAAAUUACUCAAACAAUCGCAAAAAAGAGAUUAUUAUAAAAUAUUAGGCGUAAAAAGAAAUGCUAGGAAAAAGGAAAUUAUAAAAGCUUACAGAAAACUUGCCAUGGAGUGGCAUCCUGAUAAAUUUGAAUCUGAAGAAGAGAAAAAGAAAGCAGAGAAAAAAUUUAUGGAUAUCGCAUCCGCAAAGGAGGUACUCACAGAUCCAGAAAAACGACAAAAGUUUGACAACGGUGAAGACCCCUUAGAUGCAGAAGAACAAGCUCAAGGCAAUAACCCAUUCCAUCAAGGCUUUAAUCCAUUCGGUGGCGGAGGGUUCUCCUUCAAGUUCCAUUAUUAACGACAGUCCAUAUUAGGAAAUACACUAACAUGUGAUAUUUAUGCGAUAAUUACAGCUUAUUUGAGAGACAUCAUAAACUUCCAGACGAUCUUAGGAAUAUACACAGUCUUGUGUAGUUGAGCGAUAAGUACGGCUCAUGCAGACUUACGAUAUUUGUGCUACUUCUACAGAUUAAUACCCUAAUAUUAACAAUCAGUAUUUGGGCAUCAUACGAUAGACAUAUGUGCACAGAUUAAGGACUUACUGUU